AUGGAUAGGUUUCCAAAACAGUCUCGAAGCUCAUUUUCAAAACGAGCUUCUAACAACGUGACCAUGGAAUUAGAGAUGUCAUCAGAGACUCUACAAAACAAACAGAAAGUUACUCUUACGGCAUUAACUUAUGCAUUGUCUCCUUGUAGACCAGCUGCUGUGGCCAGACGAAACCAGAGAGAAAGGAACCGAGUAAGACUGGUAAACCUGGGGUUUGCAACUCUUCGACAACACGUGCCUAAUAAUACAAAGAAUAAGAAGAUGAGUAAAGUUGAAACACUGCGGUCUGCAGUAGAAUACAUCAGACAGUUACAGAAACUUUUAUCCCAGAAUGACGAUACGAAUAACGAGCAAAUUCACAAUUACCAGCACCAGUCUUUUGACGCAGAUAGAAAUAAAUCGUUCUCCUGCGAACAAGACCACAAAAAUUUGGUCCACUCCACUGCAUGUUCUCCCGCUUCUAGCACAGACUCUGAUAUACUGUCCAUGUACGAAACUCAAGAGUUCGAACUCAAGGGAAGUUUGGAGUGUGAAAAUGAGCAAUCAAGUGGAUUAUUUUAUUAUGACCCAGCAGUUCUACACGAACCUGAAAACUACGAACAAUGCAGCGUUGAUUACCGUGAAUUUGAUCCAUGUAGUUCAUCCGAUACUGCUGACAUUUCAGGGUACUUGUUUAAUGCUGAUAGCUUUUUUAUCGACAGUUGGUGA